CGAGGCGCGACAAAAAAUAGUUGGCAGUGAUGCCGACGGCACGAUUACGGCUUGCUAUGUGGACGGCUCCACUUUUGUCACACUCUUUCGGGAAUCCCAGACUGAAACUCGUGCUUUUGAUCUGAUUUCGGACCAGAGUCUAGACUACUGCGAUCUGGCCAUUGCUGAUCAAAGUGUUUUGAUACUCACGCUGCAGAAGCUCUAUUGCAUCGGCCCAGAUGGCAGCGUGAAUUCAACGGAACUAUUCGCCCAUGACGUUUUCAACGCGGCUUACAUUCCUCUGGCUCAUCGACGGCUUAGAGUUCUGAAGUGGAUCGAAUCGGGGAGGAUUUUUGAGAUCUAUUCUGUGGUCGAUGAUGUAAUCUACACGCACCAGCUGACAGAAGACGCUAACGACAUACGCUUCAUUAUGCAGAGGAAUCCAGGCGUCGGGUCAAUUACGGCCUGGACCAGUUGGACAACUCAAGAGCCGACUUUUUACGUGGCCGGCCCGCUCGGGAUCGUGUGCAUGGACGGUGGUGAUCGGAGACAUGGACUUUUUCCCCGACCUACCAAGAUGGUUGUUUUGGACCAUCAGAAACUUCAGCAAACAACCAAGAUUGAUAAUGUUCAGAUCCACUACCUGCAAUGGACUACAUUUUGUCUGCACAACGGGCAUUUGGUGCGAUACCAGCGCUCCAUUAAAUAUUAUGACAACCCUCCUGAAAGACCCGAUGUCGAUCCGGGGCCCUACGAGUCGAUCAUCUGUAUGAACCUGGAGCGAAAAGCCUUCAUAUUCUUGCGAAGGGAUGGGCAACUGGAAUACGCUAUGCUUGGAGCCAUUGAAGAUCCUCAAGGGUUUCAACUUGAGUUCAUCGUCCCGAGAAGGUCGUGGCGAUUCAAGCCUGGAUGCGCUGACGAUCCGGUUUUUACGAUCCCAUACAUUUUCGAUGGGGAUGAGAAUGGGGCACGCAUCACC